AUGGUCGACCGGCCCAACAAGCCCACCGCCCUGGCCACCACGCCCGGCCUCCCGCCCCAGGCCACCGUCGACAUCACCCACAACAACACCCGCGUCUCCGCCACCCUCCCCACCGGCGAGUCCGUCGAGGUCCUCCUCCACGGCGCCACCGUCCUCUCGUGGAAAUCCGCCGCCGGCGCAGACCGCCUCUGGCUCUCCGAGUCCACCGUCCUCGACGGCUCCAUGCCCGUCCGCGGCGGCAUCCCCCUCGUCUUCCCCGUCUUCGGCCCCCCCUCGGACGCCCACCCGCCCACCGCCAAGCUGAGCCAGCACGGCUUCGCGCGCAGCUCGCGCUGGGAGUUCCUCGGGAAAUCCACCAGCGAGGGGUCCGCCGGCUCAGAGUCCUCCGUCAAGCUCGACUUUGGCCUGUCCUCGGCCAACCUCGACGCCGAGACCCAGGCCAAGUGGGGGUACAAGUUUGGCGCCAUCUACAGCGUGUCGCUCGACCGCGAGACGCUGUCGACGUCGUUGGUCAUCACGAACGAGGGCGAGGAGGCCUUUGAUUGCCAGGUCCUGAUGCACACCUACCUGCGCGUCAACGACAUCACAAAGAUCUCAGUGCAAGGCCUCGACGGCGCCGCCUACACCGACAAAGUCGACAACGGCGCCUCAAAGUCCCAAUCCGGCGACGUCACCAUCACCCAAGAGACGGACCGCAUCUACACCCCCACCGGCGGCCCCCGGGCCCCUGUCACCGUCCUCGAGAGCGGCAAGCCCGUAUUCUCCGUCGUCCGCGACAACCUCGACAACGUCGUCGUCUGGAACCCCUGGGUCGACAAGGCGCAAGGCAUCGCCGACUUCGCCCCCAAGGACGGCUACAAGAACAUGCUGUGCGUGGAGCCCGGCGCCGUCAAGGAGUGGCAGAAGCUCGAGCCCGGCGACGCGUUCGAGGGCGCCCAGGUCAUUACGGCGAGCUCGAACUGA